CGUGCCGGCUUUUCAAACCCCGAGUCCUCGCGCGCGGCUCCAACUGUCACUCACGCGCUUGAGGCGCGGAGCGGAGAAGACGGGAUUUCAGUCGGAAAUAUAAACCAAAAUACACAAAUAUAUUCUUUUUUUAUGCUGGAAAUAUGGACGGAUUAUGGAAUUUGGCUCUCCAAUGUGUCCAAAGGAUGAGUAAUAACCAGAAAAAGGAGAUCUAUACAUUUUAUGGAGAAGAUGCUGAGUGCCUGCAGGAAGGUUCUGCGGCGUGAGUCAGACCUCGACCUGCUCUACAUGACAAGCUGAACUAAAGGGCUAAAGGGAAAUAAAAAAACAAAGAAAAGAAGAGCGUGUUCUCUCAGGCUGAGAAAGAGCGUCUGUGGGGAGGCAAGGGCGGCACGCGGGACAGAGCGUAGCCAGCUGGGAGACGAAUCCAUGCAGGACAAGAAGGAGCAGGACUCAGGAGGAUGUCGACAGAGCAAGAAACACAAGCAAGCAUCAAAGCCAGCGUGAAGCGCGAGUCCAAGAGGAAAGGUCAGAACCGUAGCGAGCAGGCUCUGAUCAAUCGUUUCAGAGGUGACGGUGUUCGCUACAAAGCCAAGCUGAUUGGGAUCGACGAGGUGUCUGCACGCGGAGAUAAACUCUGCCAGGACUCCAUGAUGAAGCUAAAGGGUAUUGCUGCUUCGGCUCGGUCCAAAGGGGAGCACAAGCAACGGGUUUUCUUAACCGUCUCCUUCAACGGCAUUAAGAUCUACGACGAGAGAUCCGGGGUUUUACAACAUCACCAUUCUGUGCAUGAGAUCUCCUACAUCGCAAAAGACACCAGAGACCAUCGUGCCUUCGGCUACGUCUGCGGGAAAGAAGGGAACCACAAGUUUGUCGCCAUCAAGACGGUCUAUUCAGCCGAGCCUUUAAUUCUGGAGCUUCGUGACCUUUUUACACUCAUCUAUGACCUGAAGCAGAGGGAUGAAGGGGAGAAGAAAGUGCAAAAAGCGAAGCACUGCGAGCAGGCUGUUUAUCAGACGAUCCUCGAGGAUGACAGUGACGACCCAGUGUAUCAGUACAUUGUGUUUGAAGCUGGACAUGAGCCACGCCAUGGUCCCCAAUCAGAGGAGAGCAUUUACCAGGUCCCAACGAGCCAGCAGAAAGAAGGGGUCUAUGAUGUUCCAAAGCGGCAUUUAAUGACUAACAUCAGUCAGUUUGAAAUGUUUGGUGACAUGGCCACUCCUCCAGACAUUGUAUCUAUGCCCGCAUCACCUGCUACUUCUCUGGACCCCGGGCGACGCCGACACCAGCGGCACCCUGAGCUCUUCACACACUUCAGCCCUCCUGCCGUGCCUUCAGGCUACAUGACGAUGGGUGCGGUGCAGGCAGCUCACUGGGCUCAGCAGCCCUUCGCGGCUCCGGCAGCCCCACUAGCAUUUGGUGUUCAGGCUCCUCUGCAGGUUGCUCAAGUUCUUCCUGGAGGGCAGCCAGUGAUCUGGGGCCAGGCCAACCUUUUCCACUCUCCUACCCCAGGCCAGCAACAGUGGGCUUUUGUACCAGCCGGCGCCUUAUUUCAAGGCCUUGUCCCCUUAGCAGCCAUGCGUCCUCGCAUGUCUACUCCAUCCGCUCCAUCCUCGACCAUCACCAGCCCACAGCAUGCAGGUGAACCCAGAGAUGCUGCUAGCAGUAACCCCUUGGCAGAGGCAUCAGGCUCACACACACAGCCUGCUGACACCGGUGACCCACCAACAGUUAUGGCAGGAGUCACACAGUUUGGCGAGCAGCAGGAUAAGGAGGUCUGUAGUGGAGAUCUCGAUCUAUCCCAGCUGAGUUUGACGCCGGGAUCUUCGACGUCACUGUCUACUGCAAAAUCUUCUGCUACGCCUGCAUCCCCAGACAGCCAAAUAACCUUGACCUCAGACCCCCCUAAAGAUCUCCCUAACAUGAGAACAGAGACCCAUCUCAUAGAGCCUUCUCCCACAGGAGGAGCAGAUCAGAGAAUCAGCCAAGAUGUUGGAGAGGAAUCGCUCCCAAAUCCCCAGCAGCUGCGAGACAGCAGAACUCAGUCCCACUCCAAACCUAUCAGAUGCGUAGAAAAUCCGACCUCUACCCCAAUUCCAGAUGCCAGUUCUGGGACCGAAAUACAAUUCGGAGGAGGAAACCAGGAUCCAUGAACCGCCUCCUGAAGUCCUACAGUAAAAACAAAAAAACUCCCCAUGAGAACUCUUGGAUUGUUUUUUUGGCUUUUGGUGUCAAUUGUUCUACAAAUCCAAACUAUUUUUAUGAAAAAACAAGAGUUAUUUUUGAUUUCUAAAACUUUCAUUAAUGUGAACUUGGGGUUCACAAAGAGAAAGGACAAGCCUUGGAUUCUGCGAAUUGAGGUCAGAAGGGAUUGAAGUACGUAGGUUAAUUGUGUAGUACAAUCCAUAUUGUGUAGUUUAAAAACCCCACGUGGCCUGACUAUACAUCAGAACAUGGUCGAAUAUCAGUGAUGACCUUCAGUAAAAGACGAGGAUGUUUUAUUGAACCGGUUGGGCACUGAAGUAAAGGCUUUGCUUCUAAAGCGCUCGUGCUGGAACGAUCCUGUGGAACACUGUGCAGGGAGCAAAUCAUCUGACGGCAUUAGAUCUGCAUGGUUUUCUCCAUGAGACUCGAUUUGAUACAGUUUUUGGACAUUUUCUCUGAAGUUUGUAUAUUUGUGUGGGUGUGUGUGUAAAUUAAUUUUGCCUAAUAUGUGUGCCCGUGUGCACUUUGUUGUGUUAAGCCCCGGGUUUAUGUUUUGUUGACAUGUUUGUGCACUCCCUUUCUAACUUUUAAUCUAUUCCUUAAAGGUCGAGGAGGAAACGAGGGUUUGAAAUGCAGCGAAGAAACAGUAAACAUGUCAAUGUUGUAAAUUUCUUGAUUUUUUUCCUGUUUUCAUUUACAGAGAGCUGGAAAAGCAUGGAUGUGCACAACGAGGCAAAGAGUAACGUAGCAUAGGCUCCUAAAACCUGAACAGAACUAAUCGCUGAUCUCUUUAUUUUUGUCUUUUGAGCUUUUAUUGGGUCGUUUUAACAUUUUAAACCCACUUGGGACAUGGCAGCUUGCAGACGAUUCACCAGCCGGUAUCUGAUUACAAACCCAAUGGAUAAACCUCCUGAAUCUCAUGUAGAUCUGCAGCAAUAUGGCCGAAGUGUGAUGCUCACUGUGUGAGGAAAUCUUUACAUUGGUAUAUACACUGAUCAGGCAUAACGUUAUGACAUUAUAACACUGGAUCAGAACAUCUCCUAAACAGCAGAUCUUGUGGGAUCUUGAGUGGUCAGUAUCUAUUGUUGCAUUGAUGUAUCUAUCUAUUGAUGCACGUGGGGCUCAAUUUAGCUCAAAUUUGAUGAAGAAGUUCAUGCUGUUAAUGCUCCACAGGUCAGGACUGUUUUGGCAGCCAAAGGGGGACCAACACAAUAUUAGGCAGGUGGUCAUAAUGUUAUGCCUGAUAGAUGGUGUUUGUCAGAAGCCCAUGUUAUCCAAAUUGACUGACUUUUAAAGAAGUGUUAUCAGGACCUGGACUCUCAGAAAUCUCACUUCACAUGCUAGCAAACUAUUGUAGUUCUACUCAAGCAUAGUAGUUGGUAUGUUAUGCAUGUUUGCAAGAAGAACAAACAAGAUUUUUUUUUGGAAUAUCUUCCCAAAAGAUUUCCAAAUUUCCAAAUGUAGCUAAUUUACAGAUUUUACCAGCCUGCCUCAUGAUUGAAAAAAGAAGAGAAAACGCCCCUUUGUCUUAUAAUUCCUCUUCAACAAAAAGUCCUCAAUAGGGAAAUGGUAGGUCAGUGGAUAGACUUCUGAUCAGAAGGCCAUGAGUUUAAAUCCUCAUUUUUACUGCAGGGUUUUUGAGCAAGGCCCUUGAUCCUAAACUGUUCAGUUGUAUAAGUGAGAUCGUUGUUAGUUGGUCUGGAUAAAGGCGUCCAUCAAAAGCUGUAAAUGCAAAUGUCUUCAACAUCAACAUUAAAAUGGUGGACACCAACUGUAAUUAAAGACCUUUAGUAGGCGACUUGGUGCAGAUACACUUUAUGGAUAAAAGUUUUAAAAAUGAAUAUUAUAUUGUGAUUUUGAGUUAUUUGGGUUCUGUGGUACUUCCAAGUUCCACUUGUGUCCUCUUUUUACAAUGUAAUGCCAUGUACAAAACCUUUAGACACACAAUUCAGAACAAUGUCACCCCCUGACAUGCCCCACUUUGCCCUAUGCUUUAUUAGAUUGUGUGUGAUCUCCUAAUAUGUUGCUUUAGUUUGUAUCAUAUUAUUUAUCAUUUGUGCUCGGAGUGAAUCUUUCUUACCAGGCAAACAUCAAUAUUGAGAUUCCCUCUGACUUUCAGCUUUUGAUUGGAUGGUAGAUUGGAAAUAUCAUGCACUUUUAAGCAUCGAUCAUAUCUGGUAUUGGGAGACUUUGAUUAUUGAUAGACUCUGUGUGAUUGAAUAAAGAAAAUGAAUAAAUAA